AUGGAACUUCGCGAGCUGCUCACUCGUGCAGUUAUUCCUCUUCCACUCUCUCUACAAACCACAUUAUAUAAUAUGCCACUCCCUAUUCUUGGACUCUACACACUCGUUUGCACUAUUCUUGCCUACUCUAUCGCUAAGAUGUUCGGAUUCGGAUCUCGAAACGAGUUCACUGUCGAGGGCCAGACUGUGGUUCUCACCGGUGGCUCUGAUGGCAUGGGCAAAGCUGUUGCAAUUCAACUGUCUGCGAAAGGUGCAAAUGUGAUUGUAGUUGCACGCACCGUUACCAAGCUUCAGGCUUCAGUUGAUGAGAUGAAGGCCAAUGCGGCAAAUGUCCACAAGCAGAGAUUCCAUUAUAUCAGCGCCGAUCUCACAGAUCCCCUUGAGUGUGAUCGAGUCAUUACAGAAGCCACAACUUGGAACUCUGGAACCGCACCCGACAUUGUUUGGUGCUGCGCGGGCUUUUCCCGUCCAGGGUUUUUCAUCGAUGUGCCCAUCAAAGAGCACAAGCAGCAAAUGGACACUAUCUACUGGACUGCGGCCAACACGGCUCAUUCCACUCUCCGAAACUGGCUCGCCCCUGUUGAACCCAGUGGGCAGAUGAAAUUCUCCCGGAGACAUCUCAUCUUCACCUGCUCUACGCUUGCAUUUGUACCCAUCGCUGGCUAUUCGCCAUACUCGUCUGCCAAGGCCGCCAUCCGUUCGCUAUCCGAUACCCUGAGUCAAGAGAUAGAAAUGUACAAUGGAGCUUUCUCCCAGCGACAUCACAGCAAGGCCCCGGCUGCGGAUGUCAAGAUUCACAACAUCUUCCCUAUGGGGAUCACCAGCCCUGGCUUUGACAACGAGCAGAAGAUCAAACCUGACUUGACCAAGAAACUGGAAGAAGCUGACAAGCCCCAAUCCCCUGAGGAGGUUGCAAAGAUCUCGAUCGCUGCCUUGGAACGUGGAGAGUAUCUUGUCACUACCAACGUUGUUGGGGCUUUCAUGAAAGGUACCGCGCUUGGGCCCAGCCCCAGAAACAGUAUCAUCGGUGACACUCUACUCAGCUGGGUCAGCAAUCUCGUGUUCCUGCAGGUUAUUCCGGAUCUUCGUGGCAAGGCAUUCGCGUGGGGAAAGAAGAACGGACUUCCCGAAAGUACCCCGCGAUCAUAG